AGGAUAAAGGAAGAUGGAGCCCUAUCAAUUGCAGUCGGGUCGUCGACUGUGCUACGGCUAUUAUGCUUCUCACUGGCCGCCUCAUGCUCAGGUCUCUAUCUGUUGCGUCAUCACCGUCAACCCCUACCCUUCAGGAAAUUGCCUCUAAUCACCCUGCAGGUGUUGCAAAAGUAGUGCUUAAAAAGGGAAAGACACAACUAUUUAAGGAUGGAAGUCCAAUGGUUUACAGUGGUGCUGUUGAUAGAGUAAUUGGUAGACCACCACCCACCACUGGCGAUAUUGUCCUUGUUGCUGAUGGCUCAGAGAAACCUAUUGGCUGGGGUUUUUACAAUUCUACUUCUAUGUUCCGUGUCCGUCUCAUGCAGCUAGAAGAGGAAACUGCACAAGACCCUUCUUCUGCGCUUAAUCCAGAUAAGCUACUGGAAACAAGAAUUGCUGCAGCUGCUAUGUUGCGUCAAAAUCUAGGGCUUCCUUCUGCUCAUACAAAUGCAUAUCGUCUUGUUAAUAGCGAAGGAGAUAGACUAUCAGGCCUUAUUGUUGAUAUCUUUGGAGAUUUAGCUGUAAUAGCUUCAUCAGCUGCUUGGGUGCAGAUGUACCAGCACCAGAUAAUGGAUUGCUUGAGUAGAUUAAAUAUUAUCAAAAGGAUAAGCUGGAGGCCAACUGUUGAAAUCUUGAAGGAAGAAGGCUUAGAUCUUUCUGAUUUGAAAAAACCAGAUCUAAUCAUACCUCAAACUAGGGUUAAGGUAAUGGAGAAUCAGAUGUCAUAUUUGAUAUCCUUGGAUGGCCAAAAGACGGGGUUUUAUGCCGAUCAACGUGAAAACCGUUGCUUCUUAUCUACCAUUUCAGAGGGUCGAAGAGUUCUUGACAUAUGUUGCUAUACUGGAGGGUUUGCUCUGAAUGCAGCAUCUGGUGGUGCUUUGGAUGUUAUUGGUGUUGAUACAUCAUUGCCUGCUUUGCAACUUGCCAAGGAAAAUGUUGCUUUAAAUGGCCUGGAUCCUCGAAAGAUAUCUUUUCUUCGGCAAGACGCAACUGAGUUCAUGAAGGCUGCUGUUUCUAGAAACGAAUCAUGGGAUAUAGUUAUACUGGAUCCUCCUAAAUUGGCACCUCGGAAGAAGGUCUUAAAGAAUGCGUCUGGAAUGUAUAGGAAUUUGAACAAUUUGGCCAUGCAGUUGACAAAAAGAGGUGGUCUCCUCAUGACCUGCUCAUGUUCUGGAGCUAUGACCCAAAGUGGAAUGUUCUUCCGCAUUCUUCAGUCCAUGAAACGUAGGUUGAUUGAUGUGUUCUCUGGUUUGCUACACUUAGGGUGCUGCGUCAAUGGCUGGGAGGAAAAUCACUGUUGUUCGUGAGGCAGGAGCAGCAUGUGACCAUCCGAUUGAUCCUGCCUAUCUAGAGGGAGCAUAUCUCACGAAUAUCUUGCUUAGAGUGCUGUAGAUGUCUUUUUCUGUAUAUAGAAUGAAACUCCUUGUUUACGACAGGCUGAAUCAAUUUUAGGAAUGGAAUCUACCCGUUCCUAAGAGACUAAAUGAAUUUCUUUUUCUUUAUCCCUUUCCACAUUAAUCCUAUUCUUGUGUUGACUCCUUUCAUAAUCGUAACCUCUUCAUGUUUGCCA